CCGCUGUCUGACGAUGGUAGGCUGUGCAGACGGAUGGUCAGGGCCGUCCUCCUCUAAAACAUGAACAUGCGUAACCUGUGACUUCAUUUUUGUUUUUCUUUCUCGUGCAAACUCAAGUUAGGUGUAUUGAGCAAUAGAAUAGCGUGUUUAAAAUCAUGGACGACGACUGUGUUUGUGAUUACGACUCGACCUGGGACACGGAGAGUGAUGGAGACGACCCGGCCGGAGAGAGCCAACCCCGGCGGGCAUGUCAAGACAAAAACAAAUCCGGCUGGACUUUAACCUGGCAUCAUACUCCCAGAAACAUGAGGGCAGCAAAGGACAUGCAGAACUACAGGAGAGGAUAUCCAAAUCUUACAGAUGACGAGUGCUCAGAAGACAAAAUGAACAACUUGCAGUUUUAUCUCAAUAAAUUUCCCUCCGCUCCUGAUGAUGUCUACAUUGAAUCUUUUCUUAAGGAGUGGAAAAAUGACUACAAACGGCUGGAGAGAGUUCACUCGUACAUUCAGUGGUUGUUUCCACUGCGGGAGCCGGGGGUUAAUUACAUGGCUUCAGAACUCACCAAGAAAGAAAUUGACGCCUUCAAGAAGAACGAGGACGCUAAGAAGAGACUAGUCGAGUCCUAUGAACUCAUGUUGGGCUUCUAUGGGAUGCGUUUGGUCAACAAAGAGACGGGCGAAGUGAAGCGAGCAGAUAACUGGAAGGAGCGAUUUGGAAACCUGGAGCGGAAUAUGCACAACAACCUGCGCAUCACUCGCAUCCUGAAGAGCCUCGGGGAGCUGGGCUUUGAGCACUACCAGGCCCCUCUGGUGCGCUUCUUUCUGGAAGAGACUCUGGUCAAGAAGACCCUCAGCAGUGUCAAACGCAGCGUGCUCGACUACUUCCUGUUUGCCGUCCUGGACAAGCAGAAGCGCCAGGAGCUCGUGCGCUUUGCCUACCUUCAUUUCGAGCCAAAGGACAAGUUUGUGUGGUGUCCCAGAAAGAUUCAGAAACAAAUCAGGAAGGCGGAGAAAAGAUCUGAUGCUGUUGGGAAUGGAGAUGGAAAGGAGGACGCGUAUUCCCGGAGUAAAAGCAAAGAUGGAGAGGCAGUUGUGCAACAGAAAGAAGACGGACUGGAUAAUGUAACAAAGGCUCAGAAAGGAACUGAUAAAACGGCAAGUAAAGACAAAAACAAACUGUCUGAGGAAUCCCCCGAGACAAAACCAGAAGCAGAGACUGUCGGAAAUGGAAACGCAGAGGCUGAAUCUAAUGAAAUUUUGGGGAAUGGAAAUGACUCCACAGACGAUGUUGAUGAAAUGGAUCAGUCCGCCAGUCCCGACUCUGUGACGGCAAAAAACGAGCCGUGUGCGGACAGCGAGGACACAUCCACCGACGUCUCCAAGGAAACAGCCCAGGAACCAGACAACGUUAUGCAAACAGAUAUUACAGACAUAGACACUGAAAAACCCCCGAAGAAAAAGAGAGAAGACACCAAGGAGCAGCAAAGCAACGGCUCUGCUGGAGACUCCGCCAGCGGGCAGACGGAGGAGAAGGCUGGGGCUAAUAAAGCCGCUGGUCAGACGAGCCCCUCGGUGCAGACCCCCCCUAAGACAUCAAAACAUUCGCCCUCUCUUUCUUCUGGAAGAGAGGAAAAAAUCCCAAGGACUGAUUUUAAUCAAGUGCCAGAAAAAAAGGAAGAGGAGGAAACGUCACAGGCCAAUGUGUCCGCAACGAAUGGGUCAGCGACGAGCACCGACAAAGAUGCCGAACAGACAAAUGGGAAGGAGUCGGAGGCGGUUGCUAUGGAGUCAAAGCCCUCAAGCUCAGAACGAAAUGUGAAGAGUUUAGAUUAAACUGGAUGACAGAAUGAAAAUAAAUUAAUUUGAGCUUAAAUUAAAUGUAUUAUAGGGACAGAGUAUAACUUAAAAAGACUUCCUGGGCCUUAUUUCUACUAUAUUUGUUGUUUAGAUAUCAAUUAUUUUCACUUUAAACGAGUAUGAAUUCAUUGAUUCGCUAAAUGUGGGACAGGAUGUAAGUCAGUUUCCACAUGGCCAUCGGACAAGAUUAAAGGAGAAGUCUGGUGAUAUUCUAUUUUUUUUUUUUAUUGUCAACAAGUCCCAUGAAAAGGUCAAAACCAACAGGAGGCUCGACAAACAUAUUAGCAUUAUUAGCUUGCUUGUGCUAGCCGUCUAGUCUCCUUAAAACCAACAGUUCUCUCAAUGCUUUCUGGCUUCUUAUUCUGUCUGUUACUCUCAGCUUAAAGCCCACUGAUUCUUAUUGAAGACAUGAAUCCUCAAAUAUUGAUCACAUAGUUGUUGUUUUUGAAGGCUUAAUCAUUUCACAGCAGGUAACUAGUUUUUGUCAAAUGUUGACAAAAAGGAAGUGUUUUUGUUGGGGACUCUUUUUUUUCAGCCGGGGUUUUGUGAGUAUUUAGCAUGUGGGAUUGACUGAAAAUGAACUACAGUGUCUGUGUUAUCAUUUAUUUAUCAUUAUAUUAUUGUGAUGAAGGGGCAUGCUAGCCAGUGAUUGAUAUACGAGACACAGACACAUACUCGUCAGUGUCAUAAAUUAAUUGAUUUAGUUGACUAAAAGAAAAACAGAAUAUUACCAGACUUUUAUUUUGAAGUAGUAAUGAUAUUUAAUAUCUCUACAAGCGCUAUUAUUAAUGUAUAUCAAUUAAAUGCUGGUUCAGCAGUUUUUAACACCUUAAUACUUUCACAAUUGAAUAAUUGUUUUGCACUGAUAAAUAAUUAAUUGGAAGAGCUUUUUUUUCUUUCCUCUUUGGGCUGAUUUUGUGUGAGUAAAACUAAUCUGUACUGGUUUGUGUUUCUGCUGGACCCCGCCGUUCAAAUAGAUUUAAGACUGAAUGUCACUUAAGUUAUAUUUCAAUAAUGUUGCACAAUCUGUAUGUUCUCAUGAAGAUUUGGGAAGUAGACUUUUUAACAACGGAAAGCCUUGCCAAAAAAAAAAUGUGAUAAAGACUGGUUGAUUGUACAAAAUGUAUGUCUUCUCGGCAGAACUGAUAAAGCUUUGGCUAUGAUUUAAAGUCCACUGUAUGUUAAUUUGACAUAAGUGAAGUCCAUGAAAAAAAAUGUACAAGCCAGGGUGAGUAUGUUAAUGCAUCUUUUUAUAUUUGCACUUAAAUUUCACUAUUAAUUAUUAAAUUUAUGAUAUUUAUAUAAUGAAAUGGUAAUUACUUUACAAAAGAGCAGAAUUGUUCAUAUAUGAUUUUUUUUUUUUUUCCCAAAACUGGCUGUUGA